AUGGCUCAGCUUUGGGACAAGUCGCAAAAACAGUGGAUAAAAAAUUUCUGGCUCAACCUCAAAAACAACAACAAAAACGCCGGCGAAAAUGUUUUGGGCCAUGUAUCCGACAUGGUAGAACUUAUCAAUGGGGAAAUGCCAAUAUUGAGUUCGUCUGGUGGAGGAGGAUCGACAGAUUUCGUUCGUGUUGGCAUUGACUGUACGCUCAGCCCGUUGAAACCAGCCACUGCUACAACGGGAACUCUACACAAUCAACAACAACAACAACAACAGCAACCGCGCCAAAAGACGGCUAUCGACGUCGCAGAAAACGCUUCCGAGGGAUCGGCGGCGGCGGCUAUCAAGCGAGUGGUGUGCAGCCCGGAUCUUCCGGUGUUCACCAUAACGCCGGUAGUCGAAGAGGCGGCCGUGAUCAUCGACUCGGCUAAGACGGCGGCCGCGGCGGGUGCGGCCGAGCCAGCUGUACUUCCGUCAUCUCAUACGGCCACCACGGCGUCUGACAAGUCUUUGCAGUGCAACGUGUGCCACAAGGUAUUCAUGCAGAAAAACGCUUUUCAAAAUCACUUGCGAUCUCACGUGAAGGACACGACGACGGACGGCCCGUUUCAGUGCAACUACUGCAGCAAGUCGUUUACGGUACCAGCUAGGUUGACCCGGCACUACCGAACUCACACCGGUGAAAAACCGUACAAAUGCGAAUAUUGUGACAAACCGUUCUCGGUCAAAGAGAACCUGAGCGUGCACCGGCGUAUCCAUACCAAGGAGAGGCCGUACAAGUGUGACGUGUGUGAGCGGGCAUUCGAGCACAGUGGAAAGUUACAUAGGCACAUGCGCAUACACACUGGUGAACGGCCGCACAAGUGUUCGUUCUGUGACAAGACGUUCAUCCAGAGCGGCCAGCUGGUCAUUCACAUACGCACUCACACGGGUGAAAAACCGUACGUGUGCAAAACUUGCGACAAGGGGUUCACGUGCUCCAAGCAGCUCAAGGUGCACACACGCACGCACACAGGCGAGAAGCCUUACUCGUGUGACAUAUGUGGAAAGUCUUUCGGCUACAACCACGUGCUCAAGCUCCACCAGGUGUCGCAUUAUGGUGAGAAAGUGUACAAGUGCACGAUUUGCAAUGGCACGUUCACGUCCAAGAAGACCAUGGAGAGCCACAUCAAGAGUCAUUCGGACAACGGCGGAAGUGGAGCGGUUUCGGCUGCCGCAGCUACCCAGGUGACCGGCAGUGCUGCUGCGGCUGCGGCCGCGGGUGCACUGGUCAUCACUGUGCAGUCUUCAUCCAAAAAAGAAGCGGCAUCCGAGGGUGAGACUUCGUCGAGCUGUGGUAGCGAUAAAGAGAACAACAAGUCGACAGUGGCUACGUCCGCUGCGGUAUUGCUUCAGCUGUCUGAUGAACCGAAACGCACCAACCUACUCCUGCAGCAGUCGACGGCAGCGACUGCCGCCGUAGUAAUGGUUCGGGAAGACGAUGGUGGUGGUGUUGGAAAAUCCGAUGAUGACGAAGAUGACGAGGACGAAGAGGACGAUGACGACGUGAUGGUGAUGGGUGCCGCUGACGUAGACACUGAACUUAACAAGCUGUGUCAGUACUUGUAUCCCAGGUUACCGGGCAGAAACCGGAAACGUAGUGAUUACGACGAUGACGAAGAUGACGAUGAAUACAAUUGCGACCAACCUCCGAGUCCAGCAAGCAGCUCUUCGGGCUCGAUGACUCUAACCAUGGACGUGUCUCCACCACCAAUGACUCGUCGACACCAAUUUCAUCAACAGCAACAGCAACAACAACAGCAACAACAACAACAACAACAGCAACAGCAGCAGCAGCAACAACAAGAACAAAAACAACAACUACAACAAAAACAACAACAACAAAAACAACAACAACAACAACAGCAAAAAUUGCAACAGCAACAACACCACAUACAGCAACUCCAACAACAACAACAACAGCAGCAGCAACUCCAACAACAACAACAGCAGCAUCAACUACACCAAGAGCAGCAGCGACAACAACAGCAACAGUCGUUCCACACGAUGCAGACUGCUGCACAACAACAGCGACAGCAGCACGUGGAUUACGUCAUGAUGAUGGCUGCCGAAGACCGCGCAGUCGUAUCGCCCGUCCGGUACACCGCCGAAGAUGAGACCGUGGAGAUGCCGCCCUUGGUGUCAUUGACCAUGGUGCCGUCGUCGCCACCACCGUCACAACCGUCGCCCGCGCAACCCAACGAUCGGGAUCACUUGAGCCUGCCACCUCGGAAACGGUCAAAAAUGAUACUCAAGUCGAUGGAGACCACCGCCAAGAAAGAGGCGCAGUGCAGCCGAUACAGUUCGGUAAUACAGUACGCCAACAAAGCCUCAAUUUAA